ACCUUUAAUCAAAAAGUAAAAAAAACCCUAGGCUCUACCACAAAGUUUCAAUUCUUUUUCUAAAAGAUACUAAGUUGAUUGGGUAGCUUACUAUCUUACUUAGAACUGAGAAAAAAACCAUGGCCAAGUCAAAGAAUCACACAAAUCACAACCAAAACAGCAAAGCUCACAGAAAUGGCAUCAAAAAACCAAAGAGGUUCUUGCACGAAUCUACCUUAGGCAUGGAUGCUAAGUUCUUAAAAAACCAGAGAUUCUCCAAGAGGCAUAACUUGAGCACCAAAAAACAGCUUGCCGUUGCUGCCCAAAGGAAAGCUGAAAGGGAAGCCAAGGCUAAAAAAUAGGCAGUGUUAUGCUAGGUUAAGGUUUUUAAUAAAUAUCUAUAAAACUUACAA